AUGGGAAACAACAGGGGUUUCACAGCACGAGAAUAAAGAAUGAAAACCGGCAGCAUUGAUGAAGGCAUAUCAAUGUGAAAGCUAGCCAUAAAAAGACAAUCGGCUGCACCAGAAUAUAAGAUCUAGGAAGAGUUAUAUGUGCAGCUUGAAUCACGCACUGAGGCAACUCGUGAAGCACUUCACACAAAUGGUAACUGAACUGAAUUGAUCUAAUGCUUUAUAGUAAUCUUGAUUCAGCCAAUUGUGAGUUGUGACUUGUGUUUUAUUACUAUCUUGAAAGUCUGAUGAUACAUUAAUAAUUCACGAAUGUGCCUAAUGUUUGUGUGUUUGGAUGAGAGAAAUUAAAAUGUUGUAGGCAUGCAAAGGAGAGGAUAAAAAGUCAGGGACCAGAUCUGCAAUAUCAGAAAAAGUUGAUUCAGUUUUAUUCCGUUAAGGGAAGUAGUGGGGAACAAGCCCUAGAAAAUCUCCAUCGUGCUUAAGAAGCUCAAUCUCGCAGCCUCUCUUCACCUCUCACACGAUUCUCACACAGAAACUGACAUCUAUCAUGGGGAAAGGAAAGAAAUCAGCUCAACAAGCCGAAUCAUCCAAGGAAGAAAAGCAUGCAGAGGCUGAAGGAAGUCGAAGGUUACUCGCUGAUGGCGAACCUGAAUCGCCUCCACCGAGAAACGAUAUGCCCGUCUCCGAUGCACUCCCUGAGGUCACCGAGGAGCUUGACUCAUUCAAUACCGCUAAUGAGAAAGCCCCUUCAGAGGAGAGCGAUGAAAGGACUCCAGGUCUUGGAGAGGAGCCAUCUGUGAAGGUUCCUGAAGCAGAUCCGCAACCGCAAAUCGGAUCCACUGGUGCUGCCAUUCAAGAUGUUCCGGUCACUGCUAAAUCACCAGAAGAAAAGGAUGAAUCUGCUCUACCUCUGGCGAUCAUUGAAGUUGAGAAGGAGCUAAGUGAAGCUGAGUCUGAUUCAGCCAAGAAAGUGGACGAUGAACCCAAGGAUGAUGCUGUUACUGUGGGUUCUGAAUCAGAUGAAGCUUCCCAGAAGGAAAGGAGGAAGAAACGGGUGCUGAAGAGAUUAGGGUUGCGCUCUGGGAAACAGAGAAAGACAGGGGAGUCUAGUACACCAACUCAAUCUCAGUUUCUCACACCAGAAGAUGCAGCCAAGUCUCCAUAUUUGGCUAAGGAAGCAGGAGCCUCGCCUCAGCUGAGAUCGAGAAGGUCUGGUGAUAAAAGUGCUGAACCAAUGCCUCCUCUCAUCAAGAAAAGGUAUGAUCAGUUCCUUAAGCGUAAGGUACUUGCUGAGCGUUCGGUGGAUCUGAAGGAAGCUGAUCAGUGGGGUUACUUGGCCGUUAUCAAGAAAGGAUCUAUGGAAUCAACUGUCUCGAAUCUUGCAGUGUAUGUUGAGCAAGUUGUAGCUGAGUUCUAUGCAGGUCUGCCGAGUACUAAAGCUGAAGCGGAUGUUGAUGAAGUGGUUGUCUCUGUACGGGGACAAGAGUACAAGUUCUCACCUGCGCACCUCAAUAAUGCCAUAGAUUGGGAACCACUUACUGAGGAAGAAGAGGAGGAAGCCGCAACGUUGGAUGAUAUCUCGGUAACUGAGUUAGCUUCUUUCAUCACCGGAGAUACAAAGACAGAAUGGGAUGGUCUCACUACAGCGGACCUUACUCCAUGCUACGGGGCCUUGAUGAUCAUAGCUGCAUACAACUGGAUUCCCUCGACUCACAAGACAUAUGUCUCACUUGAGAGAGCAAGACUGAUCUACAAGAUGGCUCAUGGAGUCCGUGUUGAUUUGGGGAAGAUGAUGUUCAGACAGAUUCUUAAUCUUGGAGUGAUUCAAGUCAAUGAUGCCCGCUGGUUGAUCUUCCCUCGCUUGAUCAUGGCACUUCUUCAAAGUCAGCAGGCGGUUCCAUCCUAUCCUAGUGACAAGCUCCAACGUCCGGUUCUCUACAAGAAGGAUAAACGAGUGGGCGAGAUCUAUGAGCAGAGACUGGCAAAAGGAAAGGGACCAGCUAAAGCUGAACCAAAGAAAAGCUCUGCAAGGACAACCCGUCAGGCAUCUCCUGCUCCGAUCCCUGCUCCACGAACUGCUACACCAAGCUCCAGAACUGCACCACGUCGUGUAUCCCUUUAUGAACUUGGAUCAGUUGCCAUCCCUCAAGGACCACUCAGCCGUGUUGAUUUGCAAGUGGCACUACAGGACACAACACGAGCCCUUCAAGCGCUAGCUGAGAUAGUUCAGGAUCUUCAGAGUGCUGUAGCAGGGGGAGAAGAAGAAGACUAGGAUGUAGAAGACCAAGAUU